UGAUUGGUUGGCACGAAGCUAAGCUGCAGGUGUCCUGUGCUCUUAGAGAGGCAGGCUUAGGAGAAGGGUCUGUAUUUUGGAGGCUUCAGCGCUCAGGCAAGCUGCAUUACCGGGGUGAAUCGCGCGCGAUCUGGGCCGAACCGGGGCGACCCGCGCCUGCCUCUAGCAUGAUGUCAUACCUCAAACAGCCCCCUUACGCCAUGAACGGCCUGGGGCUGAGCGGAGCCGCCAUGGACCUGCUGCAUCCCUCCGUCGGGUAUCCAGCAACCCCCCGGAAGCAGAGGAGAGAGAGAACCACAUUCACGCGCUCACAGCUCGACGUUCUUGAAGCUCUUUUCGCCAAAACCCGGUACCCGGAUAUAUUCAUGCGGGAGGAAGUGGCCCUGAAAAUCAAUUUACCCGAAUCCAGAGUGCAGGUGUGGUUUAAGAACCGUCGGGCAAAGUGUCGUCAGCAGCAGCAGAGCGGCAGCAGCAGCACAAAAGCUCGGCCAGUGAAGAAAAAAUCUUCUCCCACUAGAGAAAGCACAGGGUCCGAGAGCAGCGGCCAGUUCACACCACCAGCCGUGUCCAGUGCUGGCUCUGCUUCCUCUUCCACCUCUUCCUCAUCAUCGACCAACAACAGCAUGUCUACCUCGAUCGGGAUGGUCUCCUCCAUCUGGAGCCCGGCCAUGUCUCCAGGUUCAGCGCCUCCCUCCUCGUCUCUGUCCGAGCCCGUUCCACCCUCCAGCGCCUCCUGUAUGCAGCGCUCCAUCUCUGGUUCAGCCUCUUCCACCUCCUCCUCCUCUUACCCCAUGUCCUACAACCAAACCGCGGCGUAUGGCCAAAGCUACCCCACACCGUCCGGAUCCUACUUCAGUGGUGUGGACUGCAGCUCCUACUUGACGCCCAUGCACUCGCACCACCACCCACACCAGCUGAGCCCCAUGACGCCGUCUUCCAUGCCCACGCACCACCACAUCAGCCAGUCUUCAGGUCACCACCAUCACCACCACCACCAUCACCAGGCGUACAGUGGCGCCGGUCUGACCUUCAACUCCUCCGACUGCCUGGAUUACAAGGAGCAAGCGGCAUCCUCCUGGAAGCUCAACUUUAACACCGCGGACUGUUUGGACUACAAAGAUCAGGCGUCCUGGAGGUUCCAAGUCUUGUGAUCUGGUGGUGGUUAUUGUAUUUUAUUUUUUCCCUCCCGUUCAUCCUU